UAUAUAUAUAAAAAAAAAAUCUUAUCAUAAUUGAUAUAACACAGAUGGGUUGGCUUAUGGACUCUUGAUACGAAUACUUCAUCUUUCUUGAAAUGUGUUUAUUAUAUUUACAACAAAAUCGCAAUUAGUACAAUGAUAAUAUUUACGAUAACUCUUUUCGCUGAUAUUUGUAUGAUGUUUGACGAUCUAUCGAUAGUGACAGACGAUGGUUGUAUAUUUGCUGGAAUCACUGUAGUACUUUUUAACGUGAUCAAUUGUCAAUUCACACGUGAUAGAAUUGCUCGACUGAGCGAUGAGACGUUGAACUCUUGCGAGGAACUUUGUCAAUUGUCUGGUAAAUAUUAUAAUUGCAAUAAUAUAUAUAAUGUCAAAAUAAUUACUUGUGAUUUGUUUUUAUUUAUAGAAGUCAACUUUGCAGAAAAAUUAAAAUAUUAUCUAUGGCGAGAUAAAAUACCAUUUUAUAGUUUUUGUUCAUUGGGUUAUCUUUUGGUAAUCGCAUUGAUAUUUGUUACACCGACAGAAGGUGGAAAUUUACCGAUAAGAGCACGUUAUCCUUUCGAUACCAAGACAUCACCAGGACACGAAAUUGGCUUUGUUGUAGAAGCUUGUAGCAUAUUUUUUGGCGUAACUGCAAUUUUAGCGAUUGAUACAAUAAUAGUAUCUAUUUGUAAUUUGAUCCUCUUACAAUUAGAAAUAUUGAGUAUGAAUUUUCAAUAUUGUUCAACAACAGAGAUCAGACAUUUUAUUGAUAAGAACGAUGAUAAUAUAAUCGAAAGAGAUCGAUCGAUAAUGAUCCAAAGGAAAGGACCUCGAUACAAUCGAUUCGAAGAACUCUUUGAACAAUACAUUCGACAUCAUCAACGAUUGGUGAACAUGAUCGAUGACUUGAAUGAUUUAUUUAAUUCUAGCAUGUUGGUUCAAAUGUUUUCAAGUACUUCGAUGAUAUGCCUAACUGGAUUUCAAGCUAUUGUGGUCUCUGGACAAGAUUCAAAUUUGUGGAAAUAUUCAAUUUACUUAGGUGCUGCAGUUAGUCAGCUUCUUUACAUAUGUUGGAUAGGAAACGAAGUGAUAACCCAUAGUUCCUCAUUGGUCGAAGCACAAUGGCUUUCUCAAUGGCAUAAUCAACCACUCGAUCGUAUUGCAAAUUUAUUAAUAUUCUCCUUCAUGUUUUCUCAAAAACCAUUGAGAUUGAAAGCCGGCAAAUUUUAUACAUUAUCUUUGGAGACAUUUAUCGCUAUAAUGAAAGGAUCGUACUCCUUCUUCGCUCUACUGAAUAGCAUGCAUUUGGAAGACGAUGGAUAAUUUUAUCAUCAGCAUUUGGAUUCUAU